GUCAGACGUUCACAUAGAUGUAAAGUCAGUUUAAAGUGAUCAACAUUGUUACUUUAACGAGAUAUAUCAAAAGUAAUUAGCACUGUCAUUUUAACAAAAUACAUCAAGAAUACCAGACGUGCAUUUUCUAAUUUUGGAAGAUGAACAAAUUUCAACGUGAUCUAGGUAUUGCGAUAAUACUUUGUUUCGGUUUAUUUACAACAUUAGGAAAAUGUAUUCUACAAUCUCAAGGCACAAAGUUACGAUUAGUGAGCGCGAUAUUCAGACAUGGCGAUCGUACAGUAGAUCCUAACGUUGAUGAAUCUUAUCCAAAUGAUCCAUAUAAAGAUUAUGAUUACUAUCCAGAUGGCAAUGGUCAAUUAACUAAUGCCGGCAAGAAGAGAGCAUAUAAAUUUGGAUUAACAUUAGGAAAUAGAUACAACAGUUUUCUCGGAAAUGUAUACUAUCAGCCAAAUAUCUACGCACAAAGUACGGUAUUCGUCAGGACGAAGAUGAGCUUACAGGUAAUUUUCACGGCACUUUAUCCACCUGCUGCUCUGCAAAAGUGGAAUCCGCUGCUGCUUUGGCAACCAAUGGAUUUCGAUUAUACUAAUAUGACUCACGAUGAACUAAUGCUGCCAAUACAGUGUCCUAUAUAUUUCCAACUUUAUAAUGACAUGCUACAAAAUAAUGUAAUAAUUAAAAAAAAAGUAGCAGAGUUUGCUGAUAUAAUGAAAAAAGUAUCGAUCUACACUGGAAAAAAUAUAACGAGAAUCUUUGAGCUCCAUCAUAUAUAUCAGACUUUGGAAGCAGAAGCAGCUUUUGGACUACGUUUACCAGAGUGGACGCAAAGCUUAUUUCCAAAUGGCGCACUUAUGGAUGCCGCUCUUUUACAAUAUAAACUACUUAGUUACGGCAUACUAAAUAAAAUUAAUGGAGGUGUAUUAUUACGCAGAAUAAUUAACGAUAUGAAUGAAGUAAUCAAUGGAACUUUAAAAGAUCGAAAGCUCAAUCUCUUUUCUGGACAUGAUAUUAAUGUGGCUGGAAUAAUGUACGCUUUAAAUAUCUCCGAUGAGCAUGUUUCACGGUACACGAGCAGUAUUAUGAUAGAAUUGCAUGAAAAGAAUGGCGAAUUUUUUGUUAAAGUGAUACAUUAUUUAGGCAUUCCAUCAACAAUAAUAGAAAAAUGCAUCCCAGGCUGCGAAAUAUUAUGUCCAUAUGAUAAAUUCAUACAAUUAACAUCGGCAUCAACUGCGACGAACGAUGAAUUGGAAUGUCCAGAAUUAUUGCGCACUACUUUUAAUUUUUGACGAUUUGAUUUCUGAUUGUUCUUGUUAAUUUUUUCACGAUAAUUCGUGUGUGUUACAUUUAACGAAAUAUCUAAAAAAGUUAGAGAUUUUAAUCAAUUAUA